UUUGCUUCCCAUGAUACCGGGUGAAGAUGGCCGCUCCCUGCCCUGGUUUCUCUCGUUUCUGAUCGUAAUUUAUCGCUGUUUUCCGCGCUGAGCAGUUGAACACCAUGGGUUUGUUAUCUGACCCCAAUCGACGGAAGGCCCUGACCACUCUCCUCACCCGCCUUAACACACCUAUAUGCGUGGUGUGCUAUUUGGCGGGCAUUGCCUGGUUCAUGGGCCUGGCGUUUGAACCCUUUACUCUACGAACAUACAUGUCUGAGAAUGCCAUGGGUUCUACCAUGGUGGAGGAACGGUUUCCAGCAGGAGAGAGAGCCUUGGCCACUGGGAGGGAAUUCGCAGGCCACAAAAGAAAGGCUGGGGGGAUGCCAGUAGACUGGCUGGUGAAGACCAUGCAGGACAGAGGGCUGGAGGUCUUCACCCAAAGCUUCUCUCGCACUCUGCCGUUUCCUGAUGAGAACAAGGAGCGAUAUAUGGUCCAAGGCAUUAAUGUGUAUGGGAUCCUGCGUGCUCCUCGAGCUCCACGAACAGAAGCGUUGGUGCUUAGUGCCCCCUGCAGUCCUGACAACAGCAACAACCAGGCAGUGGGCCUUCUGCUGGGUCUGGCACAGUAUUUUAGAAAUCAGAUUUACUGGGCGAAGGACAUCAUAUUCCUGGUGAAUGAGCAUGACCUCAUUGGAAUGCAGGCCUGGUUAGAGGGUUACCAUCACACCAACAUCUCUGGCAUGGACUACACACCCCUGCAGGGCCGUGCCGGCUCCAUCCAGGCUGCUCUCUCUCUGGAGCUCAGCAGUGAUGUUAUCACCAGUCUUGACCUGAUUCUGGAAGGGCUGAAUGGGCAGCUCCCCAACCUGGACCUGGCCAACCUCUUCCACGCCUUUUGCCAGAAGAUAGGCGUCAUGUGCACCAUUCAGGGGAAGCUUCAGAGGAGCGACUGGGACACUGCAGAGGGCUACACUCACGCUGUCCAGACCAUGAUGCUGAUGGUGCUUAAGCAGGCCAGUGGGCGUCCCUGGGGUGACCAUGGCCUUUUCCUCCGCUACCACAUUGAGGCUGCAACAGUCCGCGGCGUCAACAGCUUCAGACAGUACAAGACCGACACCACCACUGUUGGCAGGUUGUUGGAGGGAAUGUUCCGGAAGCUGAACAAUCUCCUGGAGCGGCUUCAUCAAUCCUACUUCUUCUAUUUGAUGCCUUCGCUCUCUCGCUUCGUCUCUAUUGGCUACUACAUGCCAGCAUUUGGCCUGCUGGCCACCAUACUAUUGCUGCGAGCAUUAGAUUUAUGGGUCCAGCUGGGAACACCAACUGAAGUAACUGAGGAUGGAGUCGGCGAGGUGGAACCGCCGUCCAGCCCAGGGGUUCUGUCCGUGUUGACUCCGGUGGUGAUCAGUCACCUGACGGGCGUGGCUCUGUACACCCUGCCGGUUCUCUCUCAGGAGACUGCAGUAGAGCACUUCCCCGUGUCCGAGACCGAGGCUGUAGUUCUCACUGCUAUAGCCAUCUACACUGCAGGCCUGGCACUGCCCCACAACACACACAGGUUUAUCUCAGGCGAGGGGACGGAGCAGGGCUGGAGGGUGCUGAAGCUGGUGGCUCUGCUGUACCUGGCUGUGCUGUUGGGCUGCACGGCUCUCAUUAACUUCUCCCUGGGCUUCAUCUUAGCCAUCACACUGGUGCCUGUGGCCGCCUGCGUCACACCACAUCUGCCCAAGGCCGUGAGUGCUUUGGCGAUGGUACUGCUGAGUCCUGGCUGCACUAUCCUCUACUGCGUCUUCAUCUUCCAGGAGCUGCAGGAAGCACCGGUGUCUCUGUCGGAGGGCUGGAUGCUCUUCCUGUCAGUCAUCUCUCAGGGAAUCCUGGACCACUCUCUCUUCGGUUCUCUGGUCUACCCGCUGCUGGCGCUGCUCGUUUACCCCUGCUGGCUGCUGCUCUGGAACAUCCUGUUCUGGAAGUGAGAAGUUCUCAGUCCUGUGAACAUAAACUGUUCCCGGAUCAGCUCGGCUCAGAUCCUGACCAGCCCUCUGCUCCUCCUCCUCCUCCUCCUCCGCUGUCACAGUUUUAAUGAUGAAAAAAAAGGAUACUAUCAGGAAUAUGUUGAAUGGGAGAUGGAGAGGGGCUUACUGUGUAUCCAAAGAGGGUGUGGCCAGAAAUGUGGUGGGAGGAGCUCUGUUAAUCAAUGCCUAAUCGAGAACCUCCAGGAGUUAAUUAAGUGGCAAAAAAAUGGGAGGUAAACGUGAACACUUGUUCCACCUCUGGUCGUGUUUUUUUUUUUUUUUUUUAUAAUCAUUAAAAAAAGGAAUAAUUUAUUUGCACAAACCACAAACUUGGUACUUUUACACCUUGAAGAAAGUUAAAAACAAUUUUGACACUGGAACGCAAGUUUUAUAUAAUUUUUUGUUUAUUUAUUUAGUUUUUUUUACCAUGUAUGAAUGUCUGCAUGUACCAAUUGAAAAAAAAUGCAAAUGAAUAGAAUUAGGUCCUCUUUGAA